UAAAAGGAAAACAGCGUUCUCAUCACAGUAUGAUGCAAGAUUCAAUGUCAAGAGCAUGCAAAUGGGUGAAGGUAAACGGGCGAGUAACUUUUCUCUCUCGCCGAGGAGAUCAGACGUGAUCGUUUUUAAAGUAGUGCCGAUCUUGCUCAAGGUACUUUAAAGAUCCAAUCGGAUGAAACAUCAGUGUGAAUAAUCCUGCCGAAUUAUGCCGCAUUCAUCACGUCCUGAAAUAUUGACGGAAACGGCAGGCGUGAAGAUCGUGAUGUCGCUGCCAGAAGAAGAAGUGAAUUUGUUCUCACCGGGAAAGAUUGUUCUUAAACUGCGGAAAGUAAACGCAGCAUCGGACGUGCAUGCUAAAUCUUGCGGGUUUCAUUUGACCAAGUCGAAAUGGGAUCCGUAUCCAUGGAUUGGCUAUGUCGAAAACAAUAGUCCUGCCGAUUUAGCAGGAUUGAGAGCUGGUGAUUGUCUAUUGGGCGUUGACGACAUUGACUUGUUAGGGCUGAAGAUUAAGGAUAUCGCUACUUUGAUUCGUAGUGAAGAAGGUGCACGCGAUGUAAAUUUUUCCAUCUGGAGAUAUAUACAUCAAAAAGAGGAGCGAAGUGAUGCCGGAUUAGCCUUGAAAGGUCCACUUCCGGAUGUAGCUAAAAAUCUUGCAAAUGCAUUGUCAGGAACGGUCCAUGCCUUGGAGUGUCCAAUUUGCUUGGAAAGCGCUGCGCCUCCAGUUUCACAAUGUGUCCAUGGGCACAUCCUGUGCGUUGCCUGCAGGCCGAAGACGACACGUUGUCCGGUCUGCAGGGUCCGCCUUGGUCAAGGUCGAUGCCUUCUCGCGGACAAAUUGCACAGAGUACUUCGCGACGCCUUCAACGUGAAUAACGAUGGAACAGUGGACAGAACGCCUGUCGCAUUCGAUCGUUGUAAUUUGCGCGAUCAAUUGUUCGGUAAAGAUAGUAAGAAGCAAGAGACCGCGGUCGCAAGUCCAGCGAAAAGUAACUGCAGCGCAUUGAAGCCUAGACAAUUCUUAUUAGCCAGGUUGCUACUCGGCGGCAAGGAGAAAGCUGCCUCCGUCGAUAAUCUAACUAGAGUGUCCGAAAUGACGGAAAAAGCAACGGUGAUUUCCGCUGGUGGGACGGCAAACGCCAACCGUUUGCAUGUACGAUUAUCCUUGAACGAUCGCACCAAGUCCGCUAGUACCGGCGAGCUCUCGAGAAACAGCGAAACUGGUAUCCACGAUUCGUCGUCGCAAAUCGCUGAAUUGUCCGCGAUGAACACCAGCCAGCAAUCGCUGAGCUUGCCACGAACGCCGAUCUGGGGCGGUUCCACGGAUUCUAUGUCCUGUGUACAACUGGCAUGUCCCUUUUUACAAUCUUGUAGAGAAGUAGCGACGGCCGAUUCGCUGCUGGAACACGUCAAGACUCACGCGGUGCCGCAAGUUCAUUUCUAUUCCGGAAGCGCAAAAAUUCCGCUGCCACUUCCCUUCGGAUGCGAUGCUCUUUAUAUAUUUCAUCAUGGGAGUGAUAUAUUUUUCUUCCAGUGCAGAGAGGAAGUGGCAUGGAUGACAUAUCCCGCUAGAACGACAUACACAAGCAGCACGUGGGAAUGGACGUUGCAAGCUUCGGGCGACGACGGUAGGAAGGUGCAAUUGCAAAGACACAUCGCGAGUUUGGAGGAUCCUGUAACGCUAUCCUCGCAGCAUAUCGCACCACUGUCAAAUUCAUUAUUAUUGAAAACUAUUAACAUAAAAAUAUCGGAAUGCCGAGCUCACGAUAAAUUGUACGUGUAAAAGAAACGAAACAUCUGCUAUUCUUAAUUAUAUCCAUCAUUCACAAGUAAAAUGAAUUGAAAACAUUGUUCUACAAAAGUAAAAAACCUUUAUUCGUCAUCAAUAUUGUAAAUCGUCAACUGAUACACAAUGUAUGGAUGUUCGCAUCUAUUUUGAGUAGAAGAUAUAAAUCCGAGAUUAAAAUUUCUUAUAUGUAUGUAUUA